CUAAUUUUAUGAUGCCCUUUCAAGCUGUGAUGAAUUUUGUCUAGACUUGUCUAGAUCAAAAUUUUGUUCAUUAGAGAAUAGGUCCAUUUGAAUUACAUAUUUUUAUUAAAGUCUCAUGUCAUUAUUAAAGUCUCAUGUUUCACUUCAAUGCAACCUUCUGAGACCAGCUUCUAUUAAAGCGAUAAGUCCGGGAUUUUUAAAUGAAAACGGAUGACUAAAAAAUUUCAUACAACAAGGGUCUACAACCAACGUGUGCAUAGUUUCAUUGUUUGUUAUGAGAAAAUGUGUCCCAGUUAUAGGCUUAAAAGCCAAUAGCUGGGACACAUUUUCUCAUCAUAAACAAUGAAACUAUGCACACGUUGGUUGUAGACCCUUGUUGUAUGAAAUUUUUUAGUCAUUCGUUUUCAUUAGUUUUCUUCUGAUAUCAUUAUUCAAUAUAAUAUAAUUAUUCGUUUCUCUUUUAAUAAGCAAAUGGCGAAAAAUCCAUCACAAGGAAAUCCAAACCAAGAAGGAACAUGUGUACCUGCAGGUAAUAUUCGUAGUGAUCGUUACCUCAAGCUAACCCUUAAUUUUAACCUGCUAGCCUAAUAACUUGUUUUAAUUCUUGAUUGAGUCGGUUUUCUUUCGUGUACGGCGGUGAUUAUUUUUAAUAAUCACUUUGAAUAUUGCUUGCAUGAGUAUUGCUUGCAUGCAUUUUGAUUUUUUGAGAUCCUUUAUGAAAAUCAUGUAUCAUGAAAGUUUCCUGCCAGCCUGCCUAGCGACCUCUAAAAAUGUAAUAACAGCUUAGACUUAGUCACGGACGAAUGGCGAAGUUACAUGACUUAGCUACUUUAACCACUCGGUGAGGAGGAUUCAGAUAUUACCUUAUAUGUCUUCGUGCUCAGAAAAUAGUGUGGGAAUUUAAAGAGACAAUAAUUAAAAUUGGUUAAUUGCAGGAGUGUCAUGCAGAUGGAGAGUAGGCGGGAAAUCAAUGACGACAAAAGGACUUAUUUCCAUAAUAUUCCAUUUUAUUUAUAUGUAUGCAAACACGUAACUUUCGUACACCACAAACUGUCAAGCUGGCAACCUAAGAAGAUCUCUAGUGGAAGUGUUGGUGACUAUUCAAGUACUCAUAACAAGUUAAGUAUAUCUGUAUUUACAAAUUGUUUCAAGUGACUGAUUAGCACUUUAGUAUCACAUACAGCACAUUUAAUAAGCAUUAUUAAAGUCUCAUGUCUCAUUUCAAUGCAACCUUUUGAGACCAGCUGCUAUUAACGCGAUAAGUCCGUGACCUAUAGCUGGGACACAUUUUCUCAUCAUAAACAAUAAAACUAUGCACACGUUGGUUGUAGACCCUUGUUGUAUGAAAUUUUUUAGUCAUUCGUUUUCAUUAGUUUUCUUCUGAAAUCAUUAUUCAAUUUUAUAUAAUUAUUCAUUUCUUUUUUAGUAAGCAAAUGGCGAAAAAUCCAGCACAAGGAAAUCCAAACCAAGAAGGAAUAUCUGUACCUGCAGGUAAUAUUCGUAGUGAUCGUUACCUCAAGCUAAUCCUUGAUUUUAACCUGCUAGCCCUUAACUUGUUUUAAUUUAUGAUUGAGUCGGUUUUCUUUCAUGUACACUUUGAAUAUUAAUUAGCUGAAAAGAUGAAGGAAAAGAAGACGACACAGACAAAACUUUGUUGGAAAACCUCCUCAAUCAAGAUAUAAAUAUGAUAUGCACUUCGAAAGUGGGAAAGAGAAAAUCCCUCCUUCUCGGUGUUUAUCCUAUGCAUAAUAUUAUUUAAAACAGGUUAAUUAUUUGUCGAAAAUUUCAAAAAGAAGCUCUAGCCUAUAUGAAAAAGAAAAAGUUAGAGCACAGUAUAAAUUAGAUAGGAUUUAGUUUAAAGUUUGAAAAUAAACAUGUAUAAAUCUCUCAUAAAUUAUGUUUCACUUUCUGUGGACAAAGACUUCCAGUGAACUAACUAAUUGUCUUCCAGGAAUAUCGCAAACGCUCACAGCAUGGGUGCACAUAUUUCAUGCUGUUAUGUAAAUGAUAUCAUAAUGUAAUUAUCACAAACACACAAAAUUAGAGUAACACAGUCGUGAGAAAAUGCCUAUUUAAGAGGGCCUUUUGCUGCAUCUUUGUCAAACAGUUUGCAAUCUGCAAUAACUAUAAGGAAAUAAUUCUGUAAGACGUCAAAUUUUAAUUGCCGUUUCAUCGUUUCGCUCCGGCAGCUUUCAGUAGAGAUUUUUAGCAGUGUCAUUCUGGCAACCUCAUAAUUCACUGAUUUUUAUUCUAUUUUGCUCUUAUGAAACAUAAUUUUGGAAUAAACCACCAUUGAUGCAACAACCACGUUGACAGAAACACGAAAAUUAAUGUUACACGUACGGUAAGACAAAGAACACAAAACCUCGAAAAUAGAUAGCUGACUUUCGAACAAAUUUGGGUCCGGUUUCUAGAGUAAGCUUAUAUAUAGGCACUAUAAAAAGUGACUAAAAUUUAAGGUGAAUUUAUUUACAAACCUAAAGUCAUUGGUCGGUUUUUAACGACACAGUCUGGCUCUGAACUACUUUUCCAUCCUGGUAUUAUCUCUCUCACUACAAUUUGGAAAUGACUCUGAAAUCCUUUCUUUUUAAGAAAUGAUGGAAUGCGAAAGAAAACCACGAAUAAUUGUUCAGGGUGGUAUGUAUACUGAUUUGCAAUGUGGUGGUGCACAACUCCAAAACGAGUUUAUGGACGCGCUGAAAGGAGCCGCGAGGAAUGGAUAUGACGUUCUGAGAGUAAGAUACUGUAAACUUUAUAGAGUAAUUAAUUUCCUGGAGUAAAUUUCCUGUAAAUUUAUUUAUCGUGCCAGUGUAAUUUAAUAUGUGAGCAAGCGAUACCUAAACUCAGUAAACUGCUGAAAUUUACCAUUAGCACCUUCAGGACGUUGAAAGUAUACUCUAGCUAUAUAUACUGGGGGGGGGGUGGGGUGGGGGGUGUAUACUGUUUAGAUCUUCUUGUCCAACAAAAGGGCGUGCUUGCCAAUCAAUCCGCUAUGGAGUUCGUCAACUUUUCUACCUUUACUUCUGAUUACUUCAGCUGCUUUGCCCGAUAUACAGCUCAACACUAGGGAACAUUUCCUCUAGUAGCAUGCCUUUGGAAGGAUAGAGAACAGUGUUGGAAACGUUUGGGUUUUUUUACAACAAGAAAAUUAACUUCCAUUGCACAUGCUGAAGCGUAAACGAAAUUUCCUAUCUUUACGUGAAGAUCUUUCAAUUUUACUUUCCAAUAGGGACGCCUAUGCGACAACAUGCAUAUUAUGGCUUUGCUAAAGAAACGAGCGCAAUUAAAUAUAUGCGCCACUUUCUGAUAAUUCUAGUUAACAAUGACAAGUAUUUUGAAAAGCAGAUUUUUGAAAAUCUUCAACUUUUCUCAGCAACUGCGUUAUUUUGCAGGUAUAUAAAUGUUUCAGUACAUCAAUACCUUUUAACAUAUAUAUGCGCCUACACGGCCUGUUCAUGCAUUUAUACAAUUCUCAUAAUUUAGAUGCAUUUUUCUCUUUUCAAUUAAGUGAAUCAUUGGAAAAGAUAAGCAUUCGUGUUAAAAGUAAAUUUUGAAGAAAAUAAAACCACAAGAUGUUCUGCAUGAUAACAAUGAUAUUAUUAAAAUAUUGAACAAAAUCUCGUUGGAAAAAAUGUUAAACUCAUCUACAUCUUUUAAUCCUCUGUGAAUCACCUAUAGGACAAUGGUACAGCAGUUGAUGCGGUGGAAAAAGCUAUUCUUAGUUUGGAGGAAAAUGGGCGUUUUAACGCAGGUCGUGGAUCAUAUAAAACUGAUAAAGGGGAUGUGGAAUGUGAUGCAAUGAUUAUGGAUGGGCACAAAGUGGACGCAGGUAGUUUAAUUUCAUGUGGGAAUUUCAUUAUGAUUUUUCAUUCUUUCAACACCAGGCAUUUCAAAUUUGGAAACGCAUAUAUAGUAACGCGAAAUAUAUACUUUCCAUAGCAAAAUUACCAAAAAUAAAAAAGACUAUAUACACUGUUCAGAAUCAUGGAGUUGUCCAAAUCUAUAGAGCAUAAUAGUAUAUGGUUCCAUUUUACUUGAAAGUCAAAAGACAUCAAUAUAAUCUUUACCAGAUUGCUUUGAUGGACAGAAAACAAUAGAGAACGCAAGAGAACGACGUUUAACAGCGAAGACGCGGAUUUAGACACCUACUGGAAAAACAAGAGAGAUGCUUUUUUCGACCAAUCAGCACGCUUGUUUACAUUUUUGUUCUAAGCCAAUCAGAAAAAUUCAGAAAAUCGUCGUUCAAAGCAGACGAAACAGACAAAACUUUGUUGGAAAACCUCCUCUAUCUAGAAUUAAAUAUAUGAUAUACACCUCGAAAGUCGGGAUGAGAAAAUCCCUCCUUCUCGGUGUUCAUCCUAUACUUCAUAUUAUUUAAAACAGGUUAUUUGUCGAAAAUUUCGAAAAGAAACUGCAGCCUAUAUUAAAAAGGAAAAGUUAAAGUACAGUAUAAAAUAGAUAGGAUUUAGUUUAAAGUUUGAAAAUAAACAUAUGCAUAAAUCUCUCAUAAACUAUGUUUCACUUUCUGUAGACAGAAACUUCCAGUGAACAAAUUAAUUGUCUUCCAGGAAUAUCGAAAACAGUCACAGUAUGGGUGCACAUAUUUCCUGUUGAUAUAUGAGUGAUAUCAUAAUGUAAUUAUCACAAAUUAAACCCACAUAAUUACAGUGAUCGACACAGUCGUGAGAAAAUGUCUAUCUUAAGUGGACGCAUGCGGGUAGUUUAAUUUCAUGUGGAAAUUUAAAUUAUGAUUUUUCAUUAUUUCAACAUCAGGCAUUGCAAAUUUGGAAACGCAAUCCAUGUAGUAACACAAAAAUAUAUACUUUUCCAUAGCAAAAUUACGAAAAAUAAAAAAACAAACUAUAUACACUGUUGAGAAUCAUUGAGUUGUCCAAAUCUAUAAAGCAUAAUAUUGCAUGGUUCCAUUUUACUUGAAAGUCAAUAGACGUCAAUAUAAUCUAUAUACCAGAUUGCUUCAAUGGACAGAAAACAAUAGAGAACGCAAGAGAGCGACGUUUAACAGCGCAGAUGCCUACUGGAAGAACAAAGGGAUGUCUUUUUCGACCAAUAAGUACAUUUGUUUAGAUUUUCGCUCUAAGCCAAUCAGAAUGCGUAAAACUCCUUUAUCACAUGAAAUCAGUGUAAACAUUUAUAUGGCGGUCACUUGAAAGCUUGACUGAAAGAGAAUUUUUAAAUUUUAUGCAUGAAAUUUGAUUAGAUUGUUAUUCUGCGAUUUCGUUUGAAAUUUCUUGUUCGGAUUUUAUAAUUUAUUGCGCUAUUUCGAACUAGCAUGUCUUCAAACAUUGCUUUGGGCAAGCUUUAAACAUCAUAUCCCUCGAAUGUGUAGGCUCCAAAUGGACUAACGCAUUUAAAAGUCUUCCAAAUCGAGCUUUUUUGCGAGGUUUUAUUUUUCAAAAGAUACUUGUACCUUCAUAUUUUCACGUUAAAUUAUUAAUAUCCUGAAAGGCCAGGUAAACGGCUAUUCCGUGCAGGGACAAUUUGACAUGCAUGACAAUUUCUUGCUGAAUAUGGCAAUCAAUAUGGCGCAUACCAAUACAGUGAUUUUUUAAAAUUUUGUUGAAAUAGUUUAUAUUAGUCAUAAUAGACAUGAUACUUGAUAAUCAAUUUAUAUGAUCUCACUCGAUUGCACAAGAGUAAAAACUUCGGAGGCCUUUCGGAGGUCGUCGGACAUACUCGUCACUCAAACUUGUAAAAUAUGAUGUAGUUUUUAACUGACAGGUAGAGAAGUGAGAGAACUUAAAGCGUAGAUACUGUACCAUGAAUUAAACUGACCUGAAGUUCAGGCCCUAAUUUUAUAUAGGGCCUGACACAAAACCUGUCUAGACCGUGGGACGCCCACAUGUUAUUUUUAGACACAGCAUGUAAUAUCAUUGACAAGUGUUGUAGAUUUCGUUACUCAAAAAAUUUAUAUUUUCAUGAACAUGUCCGCAGAGUGUGCAUUUUGCUUUUUAAUUCAACUUAAAAAUUCAAGGUACUUUUAUAUAAUUAAGAGUCAGUUUCUGUGCACGGCUUGACUGCCAAGCUAUCUCAAGCUCUCAACUUGCUGGACGCGGAUACACUCUAACGGGCUAAUAACAGCAACAUGAAAUUCUCAAUUGUACCACGAAGAAGACGAUGUAGCUCAGAAAACAACGCCGGUAGGACCUGAUAUUAAAAAUAAGAACAACAAAUCUUUCGAAUACAUGACUAGUUUGGCUGUUCUUUCAACGUCGUGUGUCCAAAAUUCGUCAAAGACUUUGAUAAAGCCCUUUCAAAAUACUGUUUGUUUGAUUUAUUUUCUGCCAUAAAGCAUAAAAGAAAAGAAAUUAAUUCGAAGAAAUCGAUAAUGGAAUUUGUUAAAUUACGUGCGUUUGACCUUUAUAUUAAUUGUCGCCUUGAGCCUUUAACCGAGCUAUUUUUGAAACUGUUGUUUAUGUGAACUUGCAACCAAUCAAAAUCUUUCAUGAUGCUGAUCAACCAAUCAGAUUUCCCGUCCAGCAGAUGGACUGGAAUCCCACAGUUUAGUCAGAUUUUGUGUCAGGCCCUAUUCUGUGAUUAGGGCCUGAACUUCAGGUUAGCAUUAAACAUACUCUUAAUAAACCUAAUAUUAUUAUAUUAUUUUAUUAGAAUCUAGUUUUCCGUGAAAUUGCUUUUUUAAGACACGUGAAUCGUGAAACGGAUUUUUUUUCGUUGUGAAACGUGACUUAGGUGUUUUUGUUAUCUUUUUAAAGAUUUCUCAUACAAGUACUCUUAUCUACCAUUUGGCGAUAACGUUGCCAUUUUCUACAGCUUCAUUGGAAUAUAUUUCUCAGUAUAAAUCGUAUAUGAUAAUUUCUUUAUUGCCUAUAUAAUCCUCGUGCUAGGUCACGUUUCGUCUAAUUGUGAAAACAGUUACGCUUGAGUUUUGGUCUUUCUCCUUCCAUACUAGGUGGUGGUGUCAGAAAAUUAGGUUUAGAAGUAGUUGGCAUGCACUGGUAGUAGUGUCUCAACAGGUUCAUUGGGUACUGCAUGGUGGUGUAGUUUGAUUGGGACUUCAACCUUUUCGUGAGUGGAAUGAUGAGUUGGAAAAUCCAUCUUAUUUUUGAAAGUCAGAAAACGAUUUAGCUGAUCAGAAUAAAGUUUGCGCGUUUCCAUUGCAGAAAGUUGUGGUGCUUCCAUGACCUCUUUCAUUCGCUGUUCGGCAUCAUACAUUGUAUUUACAACAGGUGGUUGAUGGUAGGAUUUGGCUUGUAUAUACGUGUACAUACUUUAACAUAAUACAUCAGUCAUCAGAUUCUCCAUGGGUUUAAAACGUAUUACUACACGUUUCAAAAACGAAACCAAAUUUGUUCUGCUACAUAUUUACUGAGUUCUUACGUCAGUAUCUCCCAAUUAAAUUUCUAGGUGCAGUAACAGCAGCACGUUAUAUUCUUCAUCCAGUUUCACUCGCCAGAAAAGUCAUGGAUGAAUCUGACCAUUGCACUUUGUGUGCAGAUGGAGCAUUGGAAUUUGCAGUGAACCAAAACGUUCCCAUUGAAUUUGUGGAGGGCAGAGACUAUUUCCCAUGGGACGGCCCCAAUCGUUUCAAUGACAACCCAGGUGACACAGUAACAGCUAUUGCCAUGGAUUGCAAGGGCAAUUUGGCGUGCGCGGCAUCGUCAGGUAACACUAAUAUACGGAUUUUGGACGCGGACGUCAAAGACGACGCGAAAUGGCGUCAAAAUGGCGUGGCAUAUCCAUACAUAGGCAAAAUACGCCAUUUUCACGUCGUCUUUGACGUCCGCGUCCUUUAUCUAAAUCUGUCUGCUAAAGCCCAGAAAAGGCGAAUAAGAGUUGACGAGAGUUUGCAGUAACGAAUUUUCGCAGGGUCAUUUCAAGCUGGAGCUUUAGACUAAGAAAAUGAAGAUUAGGUGCAUGUGUGCGUGUUCCAACAAUGUUUUAACUUGACAGUAUUAGGAACAGCUAACCAAGAUCAUGUGUCUCAUGUCAACUCUCGUGCACCCUCGUUUGAUCGGGAUUAUAAUAUUAUUAUCUCAUGAAAUGCUUGCUCCUGCUAUGUCUAUAGUAGAUACACGCCUGGUAGAGAGAACAUACGGCCAAAACACUAAGAACAAUAAAAAUGAAUUACGACAACGCGGUUAAUGCUAUAUUUGGAUUUUUUAAGGUGGUAUACCAGGUAAAUCUAAAGGUCGUGUCGGUGAUGUACCGCAGAUUGGCUGCGGAGGUUACGCAAAUGAAUGCGGAGCAGCAGCAGCAUGUGGGCACGGAGAGUCGAUAAUAAGAAUGACCGUGGCAAGAGAAGUGGUUUCCAACAUGCAAAAACUGAAUCAAUCUGCUCAGG